AAUAAAGUAGGAAAAACCCCAACUGAUCCUACCUUCUCCCCCCAAAAUGGAGAUUGGAAGACCCUCUUCUACACCAUUCAUAGGCCUAGGCAGCUUCAGCUUUUUUGUUUUGAUAGUUUUCCAUCUUCAAACUAGCUAUGCAAAACAUCAUAAUCAUCAUUGCCCUGCAUCUUCAUGUGGAAAUAUACACAAUAUAAGCUACCCUUUUCGGCUCCAAACCGAUCCACCAAACUGCGGGAAGAAAAGGUAUGAACUAUCUUGUGAGAAUAACAACCAUUCCACUGUCUUAAACUUGUAUUCAGGAAAAUACCAUGUCCAUGCAAUCAAUUACAAUAACUACACAAUUCAAGUGGCGGAUUUCAAUAUUCACAAGGCUAAUUGCUCCUUCGUGCCUCCUUAUUCUCUGUUCAAUUAUAACUUCAGUCGCAGAGAUCCAUAUUUAAUUAAGAUGAAUACAGGCAGUGAAUCAUAUUCACUCUCAGAAGCUAUAACAUUUGUCAAGUGUGAAAAUCCAGUUGAGUCUCCUCUUUACAUACCCACUGAUCCAUGCAUCAAUAGUAGUGGUGCUGCUACUACUAUCUUAUCCAAAGGGGAAUACUACUCUUAUGUGAAGGUUGGUGGAACAUAUACAUCGGGGUUAGAGGAUUCUUGCCGUAUAGAGCUGAUGGUUAUGAUCACAUCACGACAGCAGAGAAUUUGGGAAAACAGCAGCACCAACAUUUCCUACAAAGACAUACACAAUCAACUUGUAUACGGCUUUGAGCUUUCAUGGUUGCCAAGUUUUGUUAAUGAUGUUCAUUUUGGUUACACUUGCUAUGUCAAUGGCUCCAACAACGUGGUCCAUUGCGAUGAUUGGAGUACUAUUUUUCCCGGCAUUCUUGAUAUUCCCUUGCUCGUCGCUAUCAUGAUCCUAUUUAUCGGUAAAUCCUUAAUUUACAACUCCCAUAUUUGUCUAACAUGUGUAAUUUAACAAUUUAACUCUCUGUAUGCAAAUCAGUGUCGUACAUCUAUCUACUUUAUUAUAAAUUGAAUUAGAAUCCCUUUUUUUUUUUUUCCUGUCCUUUUCCUAUACUUGUUUUUCAAUCCUGAUUUGUCAAUUGAAUGAACGAUAUAAAACCAUUUUAUCAACAAAUAUAAAAAAUAAAAAAUUGGAAAGAUAAAUAAAUUCAAAUUAAAUAUGUAUGGAUAUUAUUUCAAGUGUUAAAAAACAAGCAUAGAUGAAAAACAAGUAGAGGAUCUCAAAUAUGUAAAAACUAUGAGAAUAAGGAAUUAAUAUAACAAGGUCAAUUAGAUUCACGAUUUUAUCAUUUUAUUGUUAUUAUUCUUUGACAUUGAGGCUAUCUGAGACGGGACGAUGAUUUUAUUGCUUGAACAUAAUUUUGAACUGAAAAGCAAAUAUACUAACAAUUCAAAUUUGUGACAUCGAUUAACUAUUGCUCUAUGUGUUAAGAAAAUUUAUACAUGCAGUUUUAAAACUGUACAUCGAUAAUUAUCAAAUAACUCCUUUGGUAUAUAUUUUCUUACAGUUUUGUUCAGCGGGAUUUUAUUAGCAAUUGCAUUUCUUUUUUGCGCAUGGCAUUUCUUUUUUGCGCAUGGCGAAGGCGACAUUUAUCAAUGUAUAACAUUAUCGAAGAAUUCUUACAAACUAACAACGAUCUUAUGCCUGUAAGGUAUUCAUACUUCGAUAUUAGAAAGAUGACUAUGGGUUUCAAGGACAAACUUGGUGCAGGAGGUUAUGGUUCUGUCUAUAAAGGAAAGCUUCGUAGUGGACGUUUUGUAGCAAUCAAGAUGUUAGAGAAAUCCAAGGCUAAUGGGCAAGAUUUCAUCAAUGAAGUUUCUACCAUUGGAAGGAUUCAUCAUGUCAAUGUCGUGCAGCUUGUUGGUUUCUGUGCUCAGGGAUCAAAACAUGCUCUUGUAUACGAUUUUAUGCCUAACGGAUCUCUUGACAAAUAUCUUUUUUCUCAAGAAGGAACUAACUCCUUAGAUUGCAAGAAAAUGUGUGAAAUCUCAUGUGAAGUGGCUUGUGGUAUUGAAUAUCUUCAUCGAGGAUGCAACAUGCAAAUUUUACAUUUUGAUAUCAAACCGCAUAACAUUCUUUUGGAUGAGAAUUUUAUUCCAAAGGUUUCUGAUUUUGGGCUCGCAAGAUUAUCCCCAUUAGGCAAUAGCAUUGUCUCUCUUACUGCAGCAAGAGGAACCAUGGGAUACAUAGCUCCUGAGUUGUUUUACAAGAAUAUUGGAGCAGUUUCUAACAAAGCGGAUGUUUAUAGUUUUGGAAUGCUAUUGAUGGAAAUGGCUAGUAGAAGAAAGAAUUUGAAUGCAGGUGCAGAUCAUACGAGUCAAAUUUACUUUCCUUCGUGGAUUUAUGAUCAAUUGAAGGAAGGAAACAACGUUGAAAUGGGUGAUGCAACAGAGGAUGAGUCAAAAAUAAGAAAGAAGAUGAUUACAGUUGCAUUAUGGUGUAUACAGAUGAAUCCAAAUGAUCGACCAACAAUGAGCAGGGUCAAAGAGAUGCUUGAAGGAGAUGUUGAAAGCCUGCAAAUGCCUCCAAAGCCUUUUGUAUGUCCAUAAGAAAAGCCUGUAAAUGACGAAGGGGUGAAAUUAGAUUCAAGAUAUUCAACAACAGCUUCAUGUCUAGAUGACUCCGAAGAGAUUAGUCAAAUUAUAUAAUCAAGUUAAAGAGAUAAAGUCUAAGAAUGGUAGGCUUGUUGUUUUCACAUUUGCUAAGACAAAUAUAUACUUUUAUCCCUUUA